UGAUUUCUGUAAGCAAUUCGACUGGAUAGAUUUCUCAGAAGACGCGCUUCAGUGUGUGAAUGAGGGUCAGAAGGAGUUUUUCUGUAGAGGAAGUGGAAAAUUAUUGGCUUUCAUGGUUUACAAGGCAAUCUUGGCGAAAGAGAGGAAGCAAAAUCGCCUAGCAAAUGUAUUUUGCAUACCAUUUUCCAAGCUCACAGACUACAAAGAUGCCCUCAAAGUGUUCAAGCAAAAAGUGGUGGUUUAUGUGGACACUGAAGAAGUUCAGGAGGAGUUUGAUGCCUAUGAAAAUGCCAUAUUUAUCUUCAAAUCGACUGACAACAAUUCAGCAGCCAAAAUUUGCUCUCUAGACGAUUUCAGCAAUGAAGCUAGAGAAGAAUUCUUGCAGAAGGAAGUGGAAUUUCAAGGCUGUCCAGUAAAAGUCUCUCUUUUAACUGACAAUAAGGAUGUGCUGACGGAAAUCCUGCAGGCUUUCUUUGACAACAACCAACAGACACUCAAAUUCGGAACGAAAUUGCCUGUUGACGACUUGCCGAAAUACUACAUUGAUCGAAUCUUUUCGAUUUCGCCCAGAAGUGUGGGGAAAUUGAGGGAGGAUGAUAUGGUGAAGGAGGAGGACAUUUACACGCCAGGAGAGAACACAAUAAUUCAAGGCUUGGCAGGAGUUGGCAAAUCCACGACAAUGCUGAGGAUAGCGCAAAGGACAAAACAGCAAAAACCCUGUCGCUUUGUUCAAUACAUCGAUCUCAAGACGCACAGCGACAUUCUACACUUCAUCAAAGACAAGGGAAUAAAGAUUUCCUCGACAGAUGCGUGGGAAUUCACCAAAAUAAACUUCCUCAAAAUCAACGCAGAGAGUGAAAAAGUGCACAGAAUCGAGAGACUGCUUGUUGAAGCUUAUCUUGAGGAAGAAUUGCCGAAGAUCGUGAUAUUCUUGGACGGAUUCGAUGAAAUAUCACCGCUCUACAGUGAUCAAAUCAUUGAGAUUGUCGAGGGAUUGAAGUUGAAGAAGAUACAAAUGUUCAUCUCAAGUCAAAAACACUUGAUACAGACCAUCGAUAAAUUGAAGUUUGAGUUGAAUUACAUUUUGGAACCCUACAAUAAUGUCAUGCAACGCCAAUUCUUGCGACUUUAUUGGGGAAAUAUCUUGAACACAAUGAUUAGAAGAGGAGAACUUUCAGAAGAUGAAGUUGAGAAGCAGAAUAUUCACGUUUACACUAAGAAAUUCUUCAAGAUGUGCUACAGAUCAAAGCUCACAGACAUCACACCUAGCAUUCCUCUCAUGCUCAACAUCCUUGCGGAUCACUAUGCGCAAGAGUGCAUGGAAUUCUGCAAGAGAAGCAACAAGAAGUGGUCAGAGAAGAUCCUAGAAGUGGACGUUCUCAUGAUAUAUGACAAGAUCUUCCAGGACAACUGCAGGAAAUUCUACAGAAAGACAGAGGAAAAGCAGUCAAAUAUCUUCAUCAAGGAGAAAGAAGUCGAUGUGUUCGCAAUGGUAAGACAGACUCACAUGGAGAUUGCGGCCAAGAAUCUUCUCCCAGAAUUCUGGAAGGAGACGGAAAAUGUGAACAUCGAGAGGAGAAUGUACGAAAUCUACGGAAGAGGUUUCAUCACAGGCAAUAAGACAGGCGAAUACUUAUUCAUCUACGACACUUUUAAAGAGUUCUUUGCGGCCGAUUGGUUCACAAGGAAAAUCUUUCCGGCGGAUAAGAUCGUUGAUAUUGAGUUGCUGAAGUGUCUUUUGAAGAAGGAUGACAAGAAUGGCAGCCAAAAGAUGCAAUUUGAUAGAUCGCUCACAAGUUUCAUAUACAGAUUCAUCUUAAAGAGACUGCAAGAUGUUAAGGAGAAAGUGAAGUUGGAAGAACACCAAGCAGAAGCCAAUCAAAUAUCCGAUUUCAUCCUGGAAUUUUUCCAUUAUGCGUGGUUCAAUAGGGAAAUCUCUCAAUUGGAGAUUGUCUUUGACAUGGCCAAGACUUUCUGUCCCAAUGACAAAGUCAGACAGAUCUGCAAGAGUAAGAAGCUUCUGGAAACCAUUCCGUUUACUUCACCAUUGCAACUGGAACUCACUGUCAAGAUCUACGAUCACUACCUUGGCCCAGAAGAAACCAAUGCGGUGUUCAAGGAGCGAGACAUGGGGAAGAUCCUCAAUUUCAUUAUAAAGGAAACAAACUUUCAGCUAUUCAAAGAGUACACAGAUUUACUAAUAAGCCGAAAAAUAGUCACUCACGCAGACAAUUUACCUGAGAAAACCUUCAAUCACUUCAGGAACUACUUGAGAAAGCAGAAAGUUUCCAGUUGGAUGUUCGUCAAAAAAGUCUUAUUGUGGCACUACGAACUUUUGGGCACAACUGAAGACGAUAUUUUCACAUUAUUAGAUGAAGUCCUGAAGGAAGAACAGUUCAAGGAUCGUCUUUUUCUCGGACAUUCCUUGGCAUCAUUUUGGGACUGGAAAGAAAAUGAUCAGAACUUUAUGAAGACAGUCUGCAGCCGCGCAAAUGCAUCUAAAGAGCACUACAGAUUUCUCUAUGCGCUGAAUUCCAUCACGCGAGAGGAUAUUUUUGAAGGAGCAAUGCAAAUGCUGAAAGAUGAAAAAUGCAGCUUCAUUUGCCACGAUGGCAAGUCAGUUCUUUGUCACGCUUUUGAGAGCAACAAUUCAUUCAUAGUCGAGAAGUUGUUGAAUUUACUCACCAAAGAGGAAAUUGAAGCACAAAUUAAGGACGAAGUUUGUGGUGGAAAUUCAAUUUUGAAGCAAUGCACAAAGGAAAAUCAUCUCUGUGACAUUUUCAUCACUGUAAUCCUGAAAAUUUUCGGGGAAGAAACUAUACAUGACUUUUUCACUCCAAUUGAGGACAGAAAGGGUAAAUCAUUAGAGAUCAACAUAAAAUUCCUAAAUACAAUCUUCAAAAAGAAGAUUCAAGUGAAGAAAAACCUACUUGAGGAUUGUAUGACAAAUUUGUGGAUUCAAGUGAUCAAUAAGAACGCAAAACUUCUGCAUUCAAUUGCCAAGGAAGCGAAUAAUGUUGAGAUCGUCAAACAUGUGCUUAAUUAUGUACAAAAACGUCCAAACGGUUUACUCGUUGCGCAACUUCAGGCUGUCGACAACGAUGGAAACACACCUCUUCACAUCGCCGCGCAGGGAAAUCGAACCAUUUUCUUUGACGAGGUGGAGAAAAUCCUCCCAGAAUGGUUGCUUUCGGAACUGCUCUACAUCAGGAACAAAGAUAAAAAGGAUGUUUUCGAUUGUAUUUACGAUAACAAGGACAAUCCCAUGAGUGGCGAAGAAUAUUUUCAAAAGUAUGGCGUCCACAAAGUUUCCAAUUCAAUGGAAUUAAUGUAAUU